AUGUCAUCGACGAGAGCGCGGCGGAGCGGCGGCCGGUGGCGGCACGUGACGGUGGUGGACGCGGGGUGCCGGUGCCGCCCGCGCCGCGCGAGGCUGCCGUCCUUCCUCUGGCCGUCCACGAAGCCGCCGGUGACGAUGAGCAGCAGCAGCUCCCAUCCGUCAUCCUUCUUCCCCUCCUCCGCCUCCGCCCACGUCUACAAGCACCACCAGGAGCCGGUAGCGACGAAGAAGGUGACGGCAAAGGCGUCGGCGCCGGUGGCGACGAAGAAGGUGGGCAGCAAUCCGGCGAAAAGGGGGCGCGAGAAGAUGGCAGCGGCGGCCGGGGAGGAGGAGGAGGAGGACGUUGGCGUGGCGGUGGAGAAGGAGUCGUCGGACCCGCGGGCGGACUUCCGUGACAGCAUGGGGCGGAUGGUGGUGGAGAUGGGGCUCGGCGACUGGGACGGCCUCCGCUCCAUGCUUCGCCGCCUGCUCGCGCUCAACGCGCCGCGACACCACGCCGCCAUCCUCGCAGCCUUCGCCGAGGUCUGCGCCCAGCUAGCCGGCCCCUCGGAGUCUCCAGCGUCGCCGCCUCCGGCGUAUCAAUCAAUACACGCGUGAUGAGUGACCAUUCGUCGGCCCGGCAAGCCGGCCAGGUCGUCUGCUCGUGUUUCUUUUCUGUGCGGUCUCAAGAUCCUGGCACCACCUUGGUGUGCACAUAAACCUGCGACUACCAACAGUGUCGUAUAAUGUGUGUGCUUGUGUGGCCUUCAGUUUUGCAUGAAGGUCAGCAAGGAAGCUUGUUAGUUAAUCAGCUCAAAUAUGUAACUAUUUAUGUACGAUUAGCAGUGCUGUG